AUGCACGAGGCGAUCCGAGCACUUUCGUUUCUCUGGAGAUCGGUCUCUAGCUGCAUGACCUUGGAGCGUUUGUUCAGAAUGUCGAAGAUUGAUAAGCUCUCUAUCCUGGGAAUCCGUUCCUUCGAUAAUACGCGUAGCGAAACGAUACAAUUUCACACACCUCUCACAUUGAUUGUCGGGUACAAUGGAUCAGGAAAGACGACCAUCAUCGAGUGUCUCAAAUAUGCCACAACGGGCGAUCUACCUCCGAACAGCAAAGGCGGUGCUUUUAUUCACGACCCGAAGCUAUGUGGUGAGAAGGAGGUACUGGCCCAGGUGAAACUUUCGUUCAAAAGCACCUCCGGGGCGAAAAUGGUUGCCACGCGCAGUCUACAGCUUACGGUCAAGAAAACCACCCGACAACAAAAAACUCUUGAGGGCCAGUUGUUGAUGGUCAAAAAUGGCGAACGUACGGCUAUUUCAUCUCGCGUAGCCGAGCUGGAUCAGAUUAUGCCGCAGUAUCUAGGCGUUUCGAAGGCUGUGCUAGAUUCGGUCAUUUUCUGUCACCAAGACGAAAGUUUGUGGCCAAUGAGUGAACCAGCAGCGUUAAAGAAAAGAUUCGACGAAAUUUUCGAGGCUAUGAAGUACACCAAGGCCAUUGACAAUAUCAAAGCACUGCGAAAGAAACAGAACGAGGAGCUUGGCAAAUUCAAGAUUAUUCAACAGCAUGCGAAAGAAGAUAAAGACAAGGCGGAUCGUGCCGAGAAAAGAUCCGUCAAACUUCAAGAUGAAAUUGAGGCCUUGCGUGAGGACACGCAACUGAUGUCGAAAGAGAUGCGGCGUGUAGCGGAGCUCGCUGAUAAGGCUUGGACGCAAUCAGAAAGUUACGCCCAGGUUCUUGGUGCUCUCGAGGGCAAGCGCAUUGAAGCUAAAAGCAUUCAAACUACGAUCGACAACCUGAAGAGGCAUUUAGUUGAACUUGAUGACUCUGAUGAAUGGCUUGAAUCCACCCUAGAGCAAUUCGAAGCGAAGCAGAUCCAGUAUCAGCAACAAGAGGAGUCCCAUAAGGAGAACUAUAUGGAGAUUAAGGAACGGAUUGAGCAGACUCGGCAACGCCUUGGCCUAAAACAGGCUGAGAACGGGAAGUUUGAGAACGACAAAGCCAAUUUCGAGCGACAGACUCAAAGACGCCAAAACAUGAUCAAUGACAUUGCGCGUGCCAACAACAUCCGUGGUCUUGACGACAAAAUGGAUCAGUCUGAGAUUAACUCAUUCAUGCAGAAGAUCAAACGCCUUUUGAAAGAGCAGAACCAAUCCCUAGAUCGUGUGAAGCGUGAAGCCCAAAAAGAGCUCCGCGACGUCCAAGAAAAGUUAAACGAGAUUGGGCAAAUGAAGUCGGCGCUCCAGGAGACCAAAAAUGCGGCAAAACGACAGAUUGCGACGAAUGACAAGGAGGCAACGACUUACCAAAGAAAACUCAAUGAAAUUGAUGUUGAUGAGGGAUUCCAGGGUGCGCUUGAAUCAAAGCUCGAGGACAUCACGUCAAGGCUUCAGCACGCGAAAGAGCGCGCCAAAAAUGCCUCCUGGGAUCAAAAUAUCCAGGAGACCAACGCGGAGAUCCAUCGUCUCGAGGAUGAAAGUUCAAGAUUAAACACCGAGCUGAUUGAUUCAACCAAGAAGGCUGGAGACCUAGCUCGCCUUGCUCAUCUCAAGAAAGAAUCCAAGGAUCGAGAGCGCAGCCUACAAACGAUGAUAGGGGCUCAUGGCGAUCGCCUGCAAAAAGUUGUUGGUCAAGAUUGGCAGCCCGAGACACUGGAGCGAGCCUUCCAACAGGCUCUCGAUACCGAAGUAAAACAGGUCGCCGAUUCUGAGCGAGAGCGUGAUGGUGUGAGCCGAGAACUAGAGCAUGUCGAGUUCAAGCUCAAGACCGCUAAGAAAAACCUCAAACAACGUCAAAAGGAACUUGACGAAUGUGUAAAAGAAAUCCACCAAGCAGUCGACGCAGAGCCUUCCGAGUAUCCUGAAAUUGUGAAGGAGCGCCAGGCACAGUAUGAUCUCGCUCGAAAAGACGCUGAUCAAUAUGCCGGAAUGGGGGAAUAUCUCAACAAAUGUCUUGAUGCUGCCAAGCGAACAAAGUUGUGCCGAACAUGCCAAAGAUCGUUCAAGAAUGAGUCGGAACUCCAGGUGUUCACAAGAAAACUGGAAGCUCUGGUUAAGAAGGCUGGCCUGGAUGCUGAAGAUGAGGCUUUGAAGAGCCUCGAAGAGGAUCUCGAAACUGCCCGUGAGGCCAGUGCAUCCUACGAUACUUGGGUUCGUUUAUCAGAGAAUGUAAUUCCCGACUUGGAACAUGAAGAACAAGAAUGUGAAUCCCAGCGUGAUCAGCUUCUGGACAAACUGGAAACUCAUGACAGGAAGGUCAGCGAGAAGACAGAAAGCAAGCGUGAAAUCGAAGGGCUUGCUAAAACAGUCAGCACUAUUUCCCGUUACGACACGGAGAUUAAGACAAUCAAGGCUCAAAUUCAAGAGCUUUCUGCAAACCAGCAAGAUAGUUCAACUGCUCGUACCUUGGAAGACAUUCAGGAACAAAUCGCUUCAGUCAAUGAAAAGUCCCGCGAGAUGAAAAAGGCUCUCACAAAAGUGACAAACGAGAAAGAAAAGACGCGAACUGAGAUCAACAAACUCGAGCUUGAGUUCAGAGACGUGAAGAGCAACCUGGACAAUGCCAAGUUCCAGUUGGAAAAGAAAGCAGACCUGAUUGUUCGAAUGAACGAAUUCAAGAAGCUCAACAACCAGCAGCGGGAAGCAAUUGAGAAAGCAGAUCGAGAUAUUGAAAAUCUCACGCCAGAACUGCUCCAAGCCCAGGCCCGUUAUGACGAUAUCAGCCAGCGAGCAGACGAACGUGAACGGGAUCUACAGCACGAGAUCAGCCGAUUAUCCGAAAAUAUUCAUCAGCUUGACCUUGCCAAUGACGACAUCAACUCCUACAAUGAACGAGGGGGUCCGGAUCAACUUGAGCGUAGCAAGCAGGAGCUGCAACAAAUUGAAGCUGAAAUUGGCAAACUCGAAGCCGAACAAAGUGAGAUCACAAGGGCAAUCAAUAAGAUUUCGACCCAACUCAAAGACAGUGAAAACACAAAACGGCAAUACUCCGACAACUUGACAUAUCGCCAGGCCACCCGAUCUCUGGACAAAGUCGUUGAAGAGGUUGAGCAACUGGAAGCGCAAAACGCCGAAGUGGACCGAGGCCGUUUCAAGCAAGAAUCAGAGCGCUGGACUCGUGAGCACAAUGCCAUUGCUGCCAAACAGGCGAGCAAGAUGGGUGAAAUGAAGUCUAAGGAUGACCAGCUGAUGCAGCUGCUGGCGGACUGGAACACAGAUUACAAAGAUGCAUCUGCUAAGUACAAGGAAUCGCAUAUCAGGGUUGAGACUACCAAAGCCGCUGUUGAAGAUCUGGCUCGAUACGCUGGCGCUCUUGACAAAGCAAUCAUGCAAUACCACAGUCUAAAGAUGGCAGAAAUCAACGCGAUUGCAGGUGAACUCUGGCAAAAGACAUAUCGCGGAACGGAUGUUGACACAAUCCUAAUUCGGUCUGACAACGAGAACGCCAAGGGUAACCGAUCAUACAAUUACCGUGUUUGUAUGGUCAAGUCAGGCGCAGAGAUGGAUAUGCGAGGGCGUUGCAGUGCAGGUCAAAAGGUACUGGCUAGUAUCAUCAUUCGCCUUGCCCUUGCGGAAUGUUUCGGUGUCAACUGCGGUCUUAUUGCACUUGAUGAACCCACAACAAACCUGGAUCGGGACAACAUUCGAUCUCUCGCCGAGUCGCUGCAUGAUAUCAUCCGUACUCGUCAGCAGCAGGCUAACUUCCAAUUGAUCGUCAUCACCCACGAUGAGGAAUUCCUGCGCCAUAUGCAAUGCGGUGACUUCAGCGACUAUUACUACCGCGUUUCGCGCAACGAGAGACAGAAAUCGAUCAUUGAGCGGCAGUCAAUUGCUGAGGUCAUGUAA